GCUCCAAACAAAACACUCGCUUUAGCCUCCUCCCACCCCCCUGCAAUUCCACAGACACACACGCCUCGGCCUCUACGCCGGGCAUGGCGACUCCUGUCGCCGCCGCCGCCGCCGCCGCCCUCCUGUUCAUGGCAUCCUUUCUCCCUUCAGUCGGAUCCACGCCCAUAUUCAUCUCUAGCAACGCCACUUUUACCAUCUACAACCAGACCGCAUUCCCCAGGAUACCUACAGGCGUCGGUUUGGCUCACGUCGGGGCAACGCGGACCUUUCUCCUUGAUCCGGAGGCAGAGGUAAAGAACUCGCUUCUUACCAUGGGGAGGUCUAAGCGGGAGCCAAUCUCGAGACCGUGGCUUCUCUGGGAUGGCACUCCAGUCGCUGCGCCGACCAAGCCUAGAUCCUCUACGCGACCACGCGCAUCACACCGCCCCAAGCAUCGGCCAGUCAUCGUACCGAAGAAGGCGGCUUCUGCCACUUCGGCUACCCCUCGCGGCCCCGCACCUUGUCCGUCUCCGGUACUGCCACCCCAACAGGGAGACUCGACGCCACGCUCGCCAAGUGCGCCGCACAACGGCCCUUCUCCUUCAGAUUCCUGCGACGGGCCUUUGGCCGCGCCUGCCUCCGCUCCCACUGUCGUCCACGAUCCAGCCCCCGCACCGGCUCCAGCGCCCGCUCCCGCACCGGCUCCCGCACCAGCGCCGGCACCGGCUCCCGCACCAGCUCCCGUGACUGGUCGAAGAUUCGGCCCUAAGUCGAUUUUGAAGUUUCUGAUUAAGGCAACUGGGACGGCCUGCAAAACAUGGGAGAAGAAGAAAUCCAAGUCAAAACAGAAGAAGAGGGAGCAGAUACUGAUGGAUAAGUAUCAAAGGCUUCGCCGAAGGGUCAAGAAGAUUGAGAGGGCAUCAAAGAAGAAGAAAUCCCACGCUCCUUUGGUGAUUCAGCGAUACUGCUGUACACCCGCUGAGGACGACGAGAACAAGCUCAGUCCGCCGACUUGAUAUGUUUGAUCAUGUUUGAAAUUCUCUUGCACAUGUGGAAACAAUUGCUGCGUUCAGGAUUGAAGGGCCAGGGUGUGACGACGGUCACAUGUUGGGAUUUUGCUGUUGCUGCUGCAGUUUUGUUGGAAAAUUUUGGAGUGAUGUAUUACUUUUCGAUUUGGUACCCAUGAGAAUAUCAAUUAGGUUGCAAUGAACUUUU